AUGGGCGGCCACGAUGAUGACGACACGAUGCCGUAUGUGGGCAACAAACAGCACGACAAAGAGCUGAAGAAGAACAAACUCAAUGAUUGGUGCGAGCAGGAGUCAACGGGCAACAAUGCCAAGUGGCGCAAGGAGGGCCAGAACCAGUUGCGUAAAGUGAGCGAAAACCAGCAGGAGCAGGACCACAACUGCAACAUUUCUCAAAAUGGCAACCUGGAGGAGGAGCGCGAGGAGUCCCCCAAAGUAGCCACCCGGGAGGAGGCCAAUAACAUCCUCAAUGAGCCGCUCCUCAUCCACACCGCCGAUGAUGAUGAAGAGAAGGAGAGAGAAGAGGAGGACAAGGGCGAGAAGUUGGAAGAAGCGGCUACAGAUUGGGAGAAGGCCCAGUCAGGUGGAGGAAUAGAAGGUAGCGUCCCUGGGAGGAAUGCGUGCCUCCUUUUCGCCAAUGUCAACGCGUCCCCGAGCGAUGACGAGGCCAACUGGCCUGCCGCCGCUCAAGACAAUGUUACUGAUGCUACUUCUCCCAACGGCAAUAGAGACUCCUUUUGGGACUCCAAUGCCUUCGAGACGGACACUGACCUACCUACCGGCUGGAUGAGAGUGCGUGAUACGUCGGGCACAUACUACUGGCAUAUUCCCACCGGCACCACACAGUGGGAGCCCCCCUCACCCCUGGGGAAGAUUGACGACUCUGUGCUGUCGUCCACCAUGUCACUGGAGACCACCCCAUGCGAGGAGCCUGAGGAAACCUGGGGUCAGUUUUCUAGCACAGAAGAAAGCGCUGAUGGAGAGCUGUGGAAGGAGGAAGGAGAGGUUACGUCCGAUCAAAGCCUGCGAGAGUUUGAGGGAGCAACUCUACGUUAUGCUUCAAUCAACCUCAACUACAACUGCUCCCAGCCUGAGGAUGAAGAGAAGAUGAUUCCACCCUGCACAGAUUUAGAAAGCAAGUGCUUCGCAGUGCGUUCUUUGGGCUGGGUGGAGAUGUCUGAGGAAGACAUGGCGCCCGGCAAGAGCAGCGUGGCAGUCAACAAUUGUAUUCGACAACUCUCGUACCACAAACACAACUUGCACGACACCGCCGGGAUCUGGGGAGAGGGUAAGGACAUGCUGAUGGUGCUGGAGAACGACACCAUGAACCUAAUCGAUCCACUAGGUCAGACGCUGCUCCACACGCAGCCUAUCGGCAGCAUCCGUGUUUGGGGUGUUGGCAGAGACAAUGGCAGGGAAAGGGAUUUUGCUUAUGUGGCUCGGGACAACCUGACGCAAGUCCUUAAGUGUCAUGUGUUCCGCUGCGACUCGCCCGCCAAGAACAUCGCCACCACUUUGCACGAGAUGUGUUCCAAGAUAAUGAUGGAAAGAAAGGCAUCAAAGUCAGGCUUGAGUCGUCUCAGCUCGGACACUGGGAAACCUUUGUCGGUGGAAGAGUUUCCAGCUCCCAAAAAUGAACUUUUCCAGCGCUUCCAUGUGUAUUACCUUGGUAGUGAGCCUGUGGUGAAGCCUGUGGGUAUGGAUGUGAUCAAUGACGCACUGGAGGCGGCUGUAGAGGGCAAAGACAAGAAUGACUGGACGCCAGUUUCUGUCAACGUGGCGCCUGCGACGCUCACCAUACUUGCAAAACAGACUGAAGAAGUGCUGUCAGAGUGCCGGGUGCGGUUCCUUUCCUUUAUGGGCGUGGGCAAAGACGUGCGCACCUUUGCAUUCAUCAUGGCCGAUGGCCCAAGAGACUUCACCUGCCACAAGUUCUGGUGCGAGCCCAAUGCUGCCAGUCUCAGCGAGGCCGUCCAGGCCGCCUGCAUGCUACGCUACCAGAAGUGUCUGGACGCCCGUCCGCCCAGCCUUGCGUCCUGCUUGCCCACACCGCCCACAGACUCUGUGGCCCGACGCGUCAAGAAGGGCGUGCAGAGUCUGCUGGGGAGCUUCAAGAGUUACAGGUCUGGCUCUCAGUCGCCUUGA